CUCACUCCCUUUACCCUUCGAACCCUAGUUCUCCAUUUGAUCUUAUCUUCUUUUCCCUUUCUAGUUAUCUUACGAUAUUGUUAAAUCGUGGAGUUAGGUCCUCUGCCUGGCUCGUCAACAAAGAGUGAUGUGUAAAGAGACGAGGCUUACGAGGGGAAUAGCAGCUGCCCCUGGCGUCUGGGAACAAUGGAAAGUGUCCGGCGGCGAAGGGGGUUGGGGAGCGAUCCACAGUUUAGUUUUGACGGAUGGCCUGAAGUGAACAUUAUGGGAGCUGGAAAAUGCGAUGUGAUGUGAUUACGGAGAUGUAGGGAUUGUGAAGUAUUCCGAAGAGCUAGACAUGGCUUCCAACCGGAAAUUGCCCGGAGGGAGUGGGGUGGGGGUAGGUCAGCCGCUAUGAGGUCCGGGAACUAUGCAAACAGUAUGUCAAUGCUUGGUGUUCCGUACUGUGGCUAUAGGCUUCUCUUUCCAGUACCAUUGUUGUAAAAAUCGGUUGCCGAGUUCAGUCCUAGGCGGCUUCUGACCGACUAACCGGCCAAUCCACCAAGUUGGGCGUCUAACUUGUCUGAAUCUACUCAGCUGAGUUUUCCUUUUUCUUUUUGCUCGGCUACUUCUAUAUUUUCCCAACCAUGUAACAUAUACAUUUGAUUAGUUUAGGAAUGAUUUAUACUCGAACCUAUGUUGUAACAUAUAUCAUUUUCCAACUUUUUAUUUUUCAAUUUUAUUUUUUAUUAAUUAAAACAAAAAUUUGUGAAAUUACUACUUUCUUUUGUUCGCUACGGAUUAUAAUCCACCGUACCCCCGUCCGUGGCUUCAAUGAAGAAGACCAAGUACGUUCUCUUUUUGAAAUUGAUUUUAUUUUUAUUAUUGAUUGAUUGAUGUACACAUGAGAUUCAGUCUUUGGGUUGAUGUCAUUAAAUGUACGGCUGUGGGCCCAUUCCAGCAUUUCCCCCUCGUGCAUGACGACAUCCCCGUUUGUCUCUUCAUAAACAUUGAUUCUGGAAGUAUCUUCACCAACCUUAAAAGUGUUAUACAAUGAAAAUGUUGGAAUCCCUAUCCCAUCAUCUCCUCCUACCUUUCUUGAUUCUGGUAUUCAUCGCUUCUCCUUCUCCUUCGUCCGGCGAUUUGGGGACGACAAGCCACUACGGGCCACCCUAUUACCCCACCGCAUGUUUCGGCAACGAUCUAUCCCAAUUCCCCCUGAACAAGUAUUUUGCGGCGGCCGGCGAGGAAAUUUGGGAUAACGGCGCGGCGUGCGGUCGUAUGUACUGGGUGAAGUGUAUAAGCUCUUAUUUCCCGAAGACUACAUGUACAGAAGGCGAGAUGAUUGAAGUUCAAAUUGUUGAUCGGGCGCAAACCUCUGUUUCGCCUCCUACCUGGCCAGGGACCAAAAUGGCGCUUUCCGGCCCUGCUUUUACUGCGAUUGCUGGUCUCCCCGUCGCAUGGGUACAAAUUGAAUAUAAACAGAAAUGAUCAAAUUAACGAGGGAGAUUGAUUCGGAUGAAUACUACUUGUGAGUUGUGACACCUUUUCAAGUUGCUUUUGAGUAUCGAAGAUCCUCCAAUUUUGGAUGGCUUGAUUUGGUUUUUGAAUGUAAUGAAGGGGAACAUUAUUGUAACUAAACCCUAGAUUAAAUUAAAGUUCUUUUAUUA